AUGAACAAUCUUACAAUUAUGAUUAAUAAUGAUAGCAAUAGUAGUUGGUAUGAUGAUAAUAAUAAUGGUCCAUCAUUCCAUACACAAAUUAUUUUUGCUAGUGCUUGGAUUUUCAUUGCUGUUGCGGGUAUUAUAGGCAAUAGUCUUGUUAUAUUUGUAGCAAUUCGAUUUGAAAAAUUGACUAAUGUUACAAAUUGUUUCAUUGUUAAUUUGGCUAUUACUGAUAUAGUCUUCUUAGCAUUUUGUAUGCCAUUUCUAGUCAUUCAAUAUACACUUGAUCAUUGGUAUUUUAAUGAAACAUUUUGUAAACUUCUCAAUUUUAUUACAUUUGUCAGUGUUCUUGUUACUGUGCUUACAUUAGUUAUAAUGACUAUUGAUCGGUAUAUUUCUGUUGUACAUCCAUUUGAAAAUAUAAAAUGGCGAAAACCAAAAACAGUCUUUUUACUGAGUUUAAUUAUAUGGUUGCUUUCAUGCACAUUUGCUGCACCAUGCUUUUUUCUUUAUGGUGUUACAGAUGAUAUUUAUAAACAAUGUGUAUUAUUAAUAGAUGAACAUGUACAAAAGCAAUUUCGAAUAUAUACUGUUACACUUUAUUAUUUUAUUCCAUUAACAAUUAUUCUUAUUUGUUAUACUAGAUUACUUUAUUAUGUUUAUUCAAAAGAAAAUAAAUGUAAACCAAAAACGACAUCUAGUCAUGUUAAAUGGUCAAAACGACGUCGUGCUGUAACAAAAAUGGUAGCGAUUGUUACUCUUGUAUUUUCACUUUGUUGGUUACCUCUUACAUUAUGUAUAAUGUCAGCAAAUUUCUUUGAACAUAGAACAGCUUUUUUAUAUUAUUUUAAAAUAAUUGCAAAUUCAUUUACUUAUUUAAAUUCAGCUGUUAAUCCAAUAAUAUAUGCAUUUUUAAAUCGAAGUUUUCGAAAUAAUUGUGGAAAUAUUCUUUCGAAACCUGCAUGUUUACCACAUAGUUGUAGAAAUGAUGAUCAACAACAAGAACAACGACGAAUAUCAAAACAAUCAAAUGGUAAUCAACAACCAAAAAAAUGUUAUUCAAAUAUAGAAAAAAACAUUAUAAUCGAUAAUAAACGACAAGUAUUAUCAAAUGAUAUAUUAGAGAGUGACUCUUCAGAUGCUGAAUAUGAACCACAAGAUCGUGUUUAUUUUUCUCAUGUAAUUGUUAAUAAUAUGGAUCAUAAAAAUAAUCAUUCUAGAAAACAUUAUGGAAAAUUUUUAACUACUACUAAAACUACUAAUGAUCGACGUCUUACAACAUCUUUGUAA